ACAACAGAUCAGCUACGUGGAUUUGUUAAAGAGAUCAGGCAUCCGGACAAACACUUAUGAUUAAGAGUGUGAAUACAGAUUGUUAAGUGAGAUGUUUUAAAAGUUCAAUGGCAACCUAAAUUGUUGCACUUGUUUUUGAACAAGCUGUCGGGUUGGAGCUGCUCUUUUUCCAAAUGGCAUUUAUUCUUGGACCGGUGUAGCAAUGAAGAAGAUUAAGGGGAAGUUGGUGAAACGAAGUUCCCAGGUGUGUAUAAAACCGUUACCAAUACAAAACUACAUUAUGCAAAGCUGAAGAGUUAUUCAAUACCACUGAAUCUCUCAACUGUAUAAGCUGGAAUGAUGCUUGGAAUGCAACACUUUGAGAACUCUUAAAAGUUUGUACUGUUGGAUUUUCAAUGCGGUCUUAGUGUUGAGGUGUGCUUACAUUCCAUCCUGGUGUAAGCUUAGUUUUCUUUCAAUAUUCUUGUAAUAAUUUAUUCGUUUGUGGUUAGUGCCACAUGCCUAAUAUUUACCAUAUUUUACGUCCAAUACUAGCCUUCAUUAAAGUAGAUAUUAAUGUGGUUAUUUUUCCCAAUCACGAAUGUAACAAUGUAAGAUGACUGAUAAAAGAUAAAUAAUGAAGCUGUCUUAACGUUGCCCCUCAUGAAACUCUUUGGUCAUCAGUAAUCAAAGCAUGCCUGAAGUAGCCCAUACGUUAUCAUGGUCCUAGGGUUUCUCCUCAAAUGAACUAGAACUGUAAAGUGGUGAGCCUAUUAAAGUGUCCACUAUGUGACUGCUGAUCUUACUUCAAUAGACACCAGCUGUAAAAGUUAUCAAAUUUGAAGUUAAUUAAGUGACCAAUACUGAGAAAUGUUUAUCAGCCAGUUCUGUGACAUCACAUUUUUUAUUUCAAAAGUUGCUUUCGUGCAUGCACAAUAGGAGGAAAAAAAAACAAUCGACUACAUGCACUGAACAAAUAUUUCCUUUAGCGUGUAUACUGUGGUCUCAGAGAAUUUAUUUCUUCAGUCUUCUCAAGUGAACUUGAGAUUAAACAGUGAAUUUGAGAUUAUAAGCCACAGAAGAAAAUUGCCUUUUGUUACUGCUUUGUCUUCAGUCAAGUUUGUUGGAGGCAUUAGAGGGAAAAAAUCUCCGUAGUUUUCGUAGGAAGUCACUAUGUACAUUGUAUGAAAGGUCAUUACUGUCUCCUUACUGGUUACAUUAUCAUGAGAACCAAUAAGACUGAAUAUUGAUCAUCAUGCAGGUUAAAACAUCCAUCAAUCAGAGCCUUGGGGAUCAGAUCCUGACCUUAACUUCUGCAUAGAAGUGAUGAUUAUCAAAAAGGUUUUCUUCACUUUCCCUUUUUGCAUUGUGUAAUCGCCACUUUGAGGCUCAAGUUUGUUUGGGGAGAAUAACAAAUGAAAACCUCCUGAACCAAAGUACCCUCUAUUAAUGAUUGAUUUAACCCAUUCGCUCCUGGAGAUUUUGCCGAAAAACGCAUUUUGAAGCUAGUCGAGUGGCUUGAUUUUGGUGGCAAGAGCUUUUAGGAAAGCUUUUAGGAUCUUAGGAUUAGGUGAAAGGAAAGGUAGGUGGGUAAUGGAACAAGAUUUUCAUGGAGAUUUUCAGGUCAAUGUCAAGUGGUUUUUUGCUUGUUUCUCCGGUGUCCUUGACUGAAUUGUGCUCAUUCUGGUAUGGUUUGAAAGAUCUCUUCACUCUGUACAAAUUAGCGAAGAAAGUUGUCCUUGACCGUUAAAAUUGAUGACGUCACAAUGGGUAGAAAGGACCUGGAUCCACACGGGCGGUUCAGGGGCGAAUGGGUUAAGGAACAUUUUAAAAUAAAAUAAGGAAAGUUUGAGAAAUCAGAGUCCCCUGUUAAAAUGCAAUUACAUGAAAGUUUAUGAGUCAAAGUUUCCAAAUAAUUUUUAGUGGUGUAGUGCAGUUUUAGUCGCUUUUGUCCCAAUAAAGGCACUUUUAAUCUAAUUCAUGAUGCUUUUUCAUACAAGUGAAAAUUGUUUUAUAUAUGCACUUCUCAGUGCUUUGUCCCAGUGAUAGUAAUUAAGUUUAAUUACACUGCAAUGUAGAAAAUAGGUAGUAGACUACAAACUACACACUAUUACACAUGAAUUCCAUGGUAUUCUUUUUUUACUUGUAGUUAUUUGGCAUUAUUAUUAGUAUAUGUUUGAUGGGUUAAUCAUGAAAUCUACUUCGGUUGUAUGGGAUACAUACUGUACAUGUAUAUUUAACACAAAAAGUUGAACUGUUUUGCUUUAUUUUGGUUAAUCAGACACAACUGCAAGUAAAUCACCACAGUUCAGCUGAUUGGACAAAAUACGACGAGCGUUUAAUUGAAUGUGUUGAGAGUGGAGAUUUGGAGAAACUCAGGUAAUUGUGUCCCAUUCCUGUUUUUACUCUGCACUUGUUACCUUUUGGUGUUAGUUAAAUUCUCAAAAAAUAGUAAUGUUCACAGUUAAAACGGUAGAAAAUUAUGAUAACUGUAGAUUUACUUAAUUUAAUUUCUAAAGCAAAAAAUUUUAGAUAUUCUGAAACUUUUUUUUACUUAAAACACACACGGGAAGCUUAUUGAACAAAGUAGUUUAUUAGCCUGCGUGGCAGGUGCAAAAAGGGGAAGGGGAGGGGAGAGGGAGAAAAGUGCGAAAGCGGGCAAAAGGGAAGGGAGCGCCUGCUAUAAGAGCCGGUGUUUUUGUAUUCCACCCAUCAUUUUCUGAACUGAUCUGAUAAUGCCAACUGUCAACUGGUAUGUGACCAAUCACAAGUAGGGGGCUUCUCAGCAUGGUCCAAACUUAUUAAAUUACUUUGUUUACCAGAAAUUGUCAAGUUGAGACGCUUUUUUCAAGUGAUAUCAUAGUCAGUCGAAAUAAGACAUUUUACUUUUCUUGCUUCCGCACCAAACACAGCAAGCAUAGACUACAAGCAGUCUGUCUCUUUUUUUACAGCUCGCAGUUUACUACAAACAAUGAUCAUUUUCGUGUGAAUACACUUGACCUUUGGUCUUACCUCAUUAAACACGAUGGUCACAAACAUUACAGUUUCCAGCCUUAGACGUGAAUAAUGAAAGGAGAAUUAUAAACAAUUGUCAAAAAGCUCAAACAGAUAGUUUUUACCAAAGCUACAGCUCUCUCUCUUUGCAAACCAUUUAUAGAAGUUCAUUCGGCACGGAAUAUGUUUUUGUGGAAAAGCUUAAGGUGGUCUUCUGAAUAUCGGCAUCGCAGAUGUCUGCCAAAAAUUCGCAAUCACUUUGAAUCACCGCUCGGUGUUUUGGACACGGCUCGACGUUGCCACCUGUGGGGUCACCAAUGCGACCAGCUUUUACACAUUGGCGACUAAAUACAAAUUUUCACACCUGGUCGCAAACCUGGCCCCCAAGAUAGGUGACUUUCUUCUUUGGGAAAACAUACACUAGUGAUAAUUGUUAUUCUUUACAAAACUAACGGAUAGUAAAUGGUUUUUCUAGCGCUCUAACCUUUUGUCUAAACGCUUUGAUGGUUUGUUUAAAUGUUGUAACAAUUUUUCUAAAUGCUUUAACGAUUUCUUCCAACACUCUAAUGGAUUGUUCUUAUGAUCUAACAGUUGGUCCGUCUAACACCUGACUUUUACUUGAAAGAGGAUUGUGAAAAUCACAAGUGAUGAAUUCGACGGAAGUCUUAUUGACUUUCAGGCAAAUCGAUCGCAAUUCUCAACAGGUUGUCCCAUGUUUCUCCGGAAAUAACUUUUAGUGCAUCGAUUUAAAACCAUUUCUUUAUGUCGAACAUGUAUCUCGUUUCACAGACUCGAUAACAGAUUAGUCUGAUAAAAGCUUAAGCUAAUCGAGAACGAAUGGCACUUAUUUCUCGAGCUUCUUGUAAACAACUUUAUGCAAGUUUCUGUUGAGCGUGACUACCGAAAUAGAAGCUGUGCCGUUUUUUAUUGACUUCUAAUGAAGUAUAGUUAAACUCAUGCCGUUUGCCUAACGAACUUCUCGCGAAAUCAACUUCUUUGCCCGAAAACAUUAGCGACGUUUCCCCUUUCUGGAGACUUUCGAUCAUGUGCUACACAACCGCGAAAUCAAGUUUCACCGAUGUUCAUUUCUGAACAUGCAAAUACAUGGGACGCAAAACAAAUUUUGCAGAUUUUGUUCUUUAAUAACCCAAAUAAGUUUUUUUUGUGAUUCCUAAAGUUUGUUUAUCUAAAUGUGUAUUCCAUUUCCUAAACGUUAAUCUUGGAUGCCUGUUUGACGAGAUUUACGCUUGAGUGCGGGCUCAUUUUCCCGAACACCGGCUGGAAAUCAAGCUUCGAGCGAAAACUGUUCGAAAGAAAGUUCAAAGGAAGUCUAAAGCACUCUUUUUGUGUUAAGGCUAGGUAAAAGAUGUCAAGUUUACUGUGUUUUAUUAGUUCUUAAAUUUAAUUUUUGGCGACUAGAAGACUUGGUCUGGCGACCAAAAAUGAAAACUUGGGGGCCAGCUGGCCCCAACAUUUUUUUCUGAAAGUCAAGCACUGUUGGACAUAUUCAGUAUACAAAACCUCCUGAGUAUCUCUGCCUGCCAAACAAGCUAUUAACGUGAAGUUGCUACAUGAUUGGAGUAAUUUUGAUCUUCCAUUGCUUAAGCCAGUAGAACACAUUUCCUUGAUGCCUUCAUCAUGUUUGUCUCUCACACUAACGCAUGCCAGGAUACACGCCAAUAGGUUACUCAUUACAACUCAGCCAAUCAGGAAUUUGCAGACGCCAGCGUCCGCAGAAAUGAACAAAAGGGAGUUCUUAUAGCAGGCGUCCCUUCCCCUCUCUCCCCAAUCCCCCUCCCUUUUUCCCUUCCUCCCCAUCCCCCUUUCGACACCUGCUACGCAGGCUAGUAGUUUAUGUAGAGCUCUGAGCAGCAACCAUUCAUUGAUAAUUUAUGUUACUGCAUAAGUACCAUCGCUGUUAUCAAGUGUUCAAGCUCUUGGGCAUGGUCCAAUGUGGGUGCAAUCUAUGGUUUCACAAGCUCAUUUUAACAGUCACUUACAGUUAUUACAUGUAAAAACAUGUACAUCAGAAGUCCAUCAGGGUUCCUGCUUUGCCAAACCUUUGAGCUUAGGCUUCUGGAUAAUUAUACAGUUAUUUUCAUCAGAGUUGUUUGUAGGAUACCGUCAUUGUCCUGCACUUAUCUUAUUGAUUGUCUAGUAUUGAAGUUCAAACUGUGGCUUUUCAGGGGGGAAGUGGGAUCUAGGAGGCCUAUUCUGAGAAAGGAGACUUAAUGCAUUUGUCAAUAGGUUUUCCAAGAGAGAGUUAUUUAUAUGGGAGAUUAUGAUACAGUAAAACCCUAGUAACUCGAACACGCAUUUCUCAUUUCCCUUGGAUUUGACCCCACUGUCUUUUUUCAGUCGUUUUUACUCGGUUAACUCAAACUCAGAUUACAUAUAGUUGAAUUCCUCACUAACUUGAAUUAAAUCUUGUUUCUCUUGACUUGAAUUUCCCCAGUAACUCAAAUUCUGGUUCUUUCAAUUCACCACGGAUGCCAUCCCAUUAGCUCCUUUGUCCUGUAAUCUGUUAAGACUCUAAAAUUUGCAGUACAGCAAUUUGGUUUUGACAAUUUCUGCAAAGAACAGGUCAAGUAUUUGAUAGUCAUUCCCGACCUUGUGAGUCAUACUGGCUUAUUAGAAUAAUAAUAUACACGAAAAAAUUACUCAGUUCUGAUUGGCUGAAAGGAGUGUUCUUUUGUAACAAGAGUGCAAACUUGUAACACAAAUGCAAAUUACAACUGGUUUCUGAUUGGCUAGAAACACAAAAGAAACCACUAAGAGCCAAUCAGAUUAGAGCUGUUUUAACAACAAAAUUUAAGAAACUGGCCCUGGUUUUCAGCAAACAAUGAUUUGAUUUUGUAUGCAAAACAACAAUAGAAAAGUUAAAAUAUAUUCCAAAAACUCGAACACAGUAAAAAGUACAUCUUUCUGGCUAAAUGUAUUGAAAAUGUGGUGCUAAGAGAAAAUUACUGUCAACAAAAUUGAGGAAAAUGAGCCAGAGAAACUAAACAAGCUACUUAUAACAGACUACGCUUAACCCAUUCGCUCCUGGAGAUUUUGCUGAAAAAUGCGUUUUGAAGCUAGUCGAGUGGUUUUCUGGUCACUGUCAUGUUAGUAAGAGCUAAAACAUACCACAAACCCGUUUACAGGUCGUGCACUUCACGGCCUUCUGAUCUCAGCUUGCGAAGUUCGGGCAUGCGCAGAAAGCAAAAUUUCGAGAUUUUCGCUUUCUCUCCUCCCCUCUUUUUUUGCUUUUCUUGCCUCAUUUUUUUUUUCUCUUGCUGGGCAUUUAGUAGGCUUCAUUUUGGUGGGAAGAGUUUUUGGGAAAGCUUUUAGGAUCUUAGGAUUAGGUGAAAGGAAAGGUAGGUGGGCAAUGGAACAAGAUUUUCAUGCAGAUUUUCAGGUCAAUCUUACAUGGUUUUUUGCCUUUUUCUCUGGUGUCCGUGACUGAAUUGUGCUCAUUCUCAUAUGGUUUGAAAGAUCUCUUCACUCUGCACAAGUUAGUGGAGAAAGUUGUCCUUGACCGUUAAAACUGAUGACGUCACAAGGGGUAGAAAUGACGUGGAUCAGCACGGGCGGUUCAGGGGCGAAUGGGUUAAGUAAAAAAUAAAGAACAAAAAUGGUGGCAACCAUGAUAGCUACACUGUUCAGGCAUUUAAAUGAAUGUAUACAUGUUUUCCAUGAUAACAACAGAUGUACAUUAUUUCUUGGAGGAGAAAGGUGUCCUGUUGUUCUCUUUAAGUCUUUUGUCGAGCAAAGACCUCUAUUAAAACAUCCAUGCAGUGGUCUGUUUUUUUUCCUACCUCAGUAAGCAAACAAAACCAAAAAUUUUAGCAUCUAGUUCAAACUUAAACCAAUGGGGGAAAAUACCAUAACCAACAUAAUGAAAGUAUCGGUAGUUGGUUCUAGCCUUAAAGAAAGUGAGAAAAAAGUUUACGAAUCAUAGUGCAAGAAAACAACAGUCAGCAAGUUGAAGAAAGCAAAGAUUGUAAGUUCAGAAUAAUAUCGCCAAUGUCACAGGCCAAAGAGGUAUAAAUUUCCUAAAUGAAUACGAUGAAGCUGACGAAGAAGAGCGGCCAUGACUCUCCGUCUUGCAAUAGGCCAAAUGAAAUGAUGAAAACCCCAGCGCUGAGAAAGAGCAAAUAUUAUAUUAACUGGCAGUUUCCAACAUCACAACAACUGUGGCUCCACUCACCCAUCAAUAGCAGCGGCGAUGGAAAACAAAUUGUCUCCUUCAUUUUCACGUUUUAAAUCUCAAUGAUUUAUCCAUGAAUCCAGCUAUGAUAGGGUCUCAGGAAAAGACGAUGAUGAACAGUUGUUAAGCAACUCAGCAAGUGUCUUUCAUCUUUGGCUGCUCGAAGCUUUCUCCUGAUUUCAAAACAGCAGUAUACUUCUUGUAAACACUUCUUGUAAACGCCGAGCUCUCAUAAUUGAGGAUGAAUUUAAAAACACUGACUUUUGCUGAUUGUUGUAAACCAAGUUAUCUUUAACAGGCUGGUGACCAUGUAAAAUCAAUCCAUGCACAUUUCC